AUGAUUUCUCAUCUGUAUGGUUUUGUGGCUCGAGUCAUGUCUCCCUUGAUCACCAACGGUUCACCAUCUCCAGUCUCCCAAGAGGGCUCGGAAGGGGAUGGCACAGAGCCUGCUGCCAAGACAGAUCUUCUGAACGAGCUAGCGAGUUCCAUCUCAAGCAAUGCUCGGCUCGUGAGCACCUAUUUGCACUCUGAGUCUCAUACCAUCCCGUCUUUCGACCGUGAUGCUGCAUCUACAGCAGUACCUGCCUCGGCUCCAGGCGAAAUUAAGGCGGCACGUGAGGCACUACUAGACGCAUCAAUGCAGAUGUUUCAACUGGCAUCCGGUCCUAGCGAGUAUCUGCCAAACCUGGCGGUGCAUUAUCAAUAUCUGUCGUGUCUGCACUGGUUGAUUCAUUUCGGCAUCUUUGCUCGAAUCCCCCUUGAAGGGUCAAUCUCUUAUGCCUCCCUAGCGGCCGACGCAAGUGUUCCGGAACGAACAUUGAAGACAGUGGCCCGUAUGGCAAUGACAAGCCACGUCUUGAAGGAGCCUCAGUCUGGAAGCGUUGCACACUCGGCAACAUCGGCACAAUUUGUGACUAACCCGAGCAUGAAUGACUGGGCGGAAUUCAUGUGUCAAGCAUCAGUGCCGGCCGCUUUGAAUCUUGUGUCUGCCACAGAAAAAUGGCCCACUAGUCAAGCUCGCACGGAGACGGCCUACAAUGUUGCCUUCGACACGGAGUUACCAUUUUUCGAUCACCUGGCAACGCUGCCUGAUCGGACCCGACAGUUUGCGGGUUACAUGAAAAACGUGACCAGUAGCGAGGGAACCAAGCUGGACCAUCUGCUGAGCGGGUUUGACUGGUCGGGACUGGGCUCGGCGCGAAUUGUGGAUGUUGGGGGCUCAACAGGAAACGCGGGCAUCGCGCUCGCGAACUCUUUCCCGAAACUCGACGUUACAGUCCAGGAUCUGAGUGAGAAUACCGCCGAGGGGGCCGCCACUCUGAGCCCCGACCUGGCGUCGCGCGUCCAUUUCCAGGCCCACGAUUUCUUCCAGCCACAGCCGAUCAUCGGUGCUGACAUCUAUCUGCUGCGUAUGAUCUUGCAUGAUUGGGCCACACCAGAUGCCGUGCGUAUUCUACAGCAGCUCGUUCCGGCGCUGCGUCGGGGGUCGCGUAUUGUUAUCAUGGACUCGGUCCUGCCGCGUGCGGGGUCCAUGGCUCCGACGAAGGAACGCCUCCUUCGCGUUCGUGAUUUGACGAUGCUGCAGGUUUUCAAUAGCUGUGAAAGAGAUCUAGAUGAUUGGAAUCAGGUGUUGAAUCUCGCAGAUCAGCGUCUACGGGUAGUCGAUGUUACCCAGCCUCGGGGGAGUGUCAUGGCUCUCCUGACUAUUGACCUUGUCGAGUGA